AUGCCUGAAGGAGGAUGUUUCUGCAACAAGAUCCGGUUGAGCUACACCGGCGAACUCAAUGCUCAUGCUCUAUGCCACUGUUUAGACUGUAGAAAGAUUGGAGGUUCCUCUUAUUCCAACAACUUGAUCGUCCCCGAACAGAACUUUAAGCUUCACUCUGGUAUAUCCUUCUUCUUCUCUAUUAUGCUCUGCAAGCCCAAGGAGAUAUCCAAGACAGCCGAUAGUGGAAAGACUAUUGUAUCCCACUUUUGUCCGGAUUGCGGUACCACACUCUUUCGUACCGGUGAAUCUUUUCCCGGUGCAGUCAUCAUCAAGGCGGGUGUUUUGGACGAUCCAAAUUUCCCGAGCCAGAAUGUGCCCAAGGCUGAGCUCUUUGCUCCAGAGCGUAUAGCCUGGAUCCCAGCUAUUGAGGGAGCUGCUCAGUUGCCUGGUAUGCCACCUGCGUAA